GGUGCUAGAAGUUUUGGAAUGGAACCAAGGUAGAGCAGAGAGACACCACGGUACGAGGAAGAACAUAGCAGCAUCGAAAGAUGACCGUGACCAACCUAGCGUUGAGGAAAAGUCUCGAGGUAGUCCGGACGCAUCGCGUUAUUUUCGCCUGCAAGAGGAGGAGAAGGAGAAAUCGUUGACAGCUCGCAACUCAGCGCUCGAGAGGGAAAAUGCUCGCCUCAGGAAUGAGAUCUUGAAAUGGUGCGAGUACAAUACUACCGAUAGCGUAGCUCGCGGCGGCGCGCCUCAGCACACCUCGCAGCUGCUAGCGCCCAUCAACACAAAUGCCAGCAACAAUGUGGAGCAAUCUGUCAGUAGAGGUGCGUCUGCUGUUGAUGUAGGGACCCGAAGUGGCUUCAAGGACUCAAACGCUCUAGUCGAGAGCUUAGUUUCAUCAGGUCUUGGACAACAUGCUAGUCUGACUCCGGUUAUCGAAGAACCCGAGGGAGGAUCGUCUCGAGGUGGGACGCCGCGGUCACCCACCGGGUCGCUAACUAUGGCCGCUAGAAUCCAGGCACACGUAG